AUGAAGAUUGCUUUUAUAUUUCUUAUUGUUUUAGCUUUAAGUUAUCAUAUAUUUGGUAACCCUAUCAAAGACCAUGAUUCCUACAGUGGAGGUUACGGCAAUGAUAGGCAUAAAUCCAAAACGAAAGGAAUAGUUUAUAAAGAAGUACGUAAAUACGUUAAGAAUGAUCACGCCAGGCCAUACUACAACGUAGGCUACAAAGGAAAGAAAGGUUAUGACGACUACUAUUAUAUUGGUAAGAAAGAUUACGACGAUUAUUACUAUGGAAAGAAAGGUUACGACGAUUAUUAUUACGGAAAGAAAAUGUAUAAUGAUUAUGAUAAAAAAGGAGGCUAUAGUAAUAAUUAUUAUGGGAGAAAGGGUCAUGAUGACUACUAUGGAGGGAAAAAAGACUACAAUGAUUACGGAAAGAAAGAUUACGGCCAAGAAGGAUACUACUAUGGUUAUUACAAACAAGGACAAGACUCCCAUGGUAAGGGUAAAUCUGGGCGUAAUUAUGGCUACCAAGAUAUUUAUGGAGAUAAAAAGCAUGAUUAUGAUUACUAUACUGAAUAUUAA